ACGGUGGAUUCCGGCCUUUCGAAGAUGUCCGAGUACGCUGGGGUCCAGAAAGGUUCCCUCAAACUGAAAGGUGUGGGCACGGUUUCAGCUGGGAAAAAGAAAAAGAAGGAGAAGGAGAAAAAGCAUCGCCUGGAGCAGCAGGUCAUGACCAGUCAAACCGACGAGGAGGACAACACUCAGAAAAGAUACGUUGACAAAAGGACACCCGCUCAAAUAGCCUUUGACAAGAUGCAAGAGAAGAGGCAAAUGGAAAGGAUUUUGAACAAGGCAUCCAAAACACACAAACACAGAGUUGAGGAUUUUAAUCGCCACCUGGACACCUUGACAGAGCAUUAUGAUAUUCCAAAGGUCAGCUGGACUAAAUGAAAAGGACCAGCAGAAGUUUACCUUUUUUUUUUUUCAUUUCAUACAAGCUUAAUUCUCAUUUUCAAAAUGCCUGGUAGAUUUGUUUUAUUGAGUUACUAUUGUUAAACUGUAUUUGUGCAAUGACAUUUGUUAAACUAGCAUAAGAUUUGUCAAUUUCUCAUAACAUGGAUUUAAUUAAAAUAAGUUUUGCCUUUCUA